AUGUGGUCUAAAGUGCUGACCUGGAUGCUGUUCAAAGGAGCAGAAAGACCGUUGAAGCCAGAAAGACACAGCGAAAAGCAUCCUACAAAAUCAGCCACCGUCGGAAGCAGCUUGUCCUACCAAGCGCUUGUCAAUGUCGUACGUGCCGUGAACAUUCCAACAAGACAGGAGAGCGAAGAGAUGAUUAGCGGUCAGAACUGCAUCGACGACUUCAUUCAGUUUAGCAUCUACGAUCAAAUGAUUCGAAACGGAGACAGCAUCCAAGGAACGUUCCAAGUCUGUGUUCCGCCGUUGAUCUAUGGCUACUCGCUGUCAGCUAAGUUCGACGACGCCGCAUCUGCUUUGCCUCAUCUCCAAGUGUUCAUCGCCAUUGACCCCGUGCCAGCUGUACCUAAGCCGUUUCUUGAACAGUUCGACAGCUUCGAGAAGGUCGACCUUUUGCAAUACGCGGACAAAUGGUUGACCAAGCUGGUGCGGUCAUUUCCGGACAGAGUGUUUGCGCCCCUGGUUUUGGACGUCGACGGCAGGCGCGUUUUUUCAGCUCGCUUUCUGCGGCCAAUCAGACCGCCCAACGAAGUGAUGGCUUUACAAAGCAACAAAACAGCUGCAGCAGUAAAUCGCGUGUUAUGCCUCAGUCUGACUUUCAUCUGUGAGCAAAUUUUCCAGGAACUCGCAUGCCACAUUGUCUCCCUGAUUCCAGUGAUCGGUUUCUGCAAUUUUGAAACAGCGGUGUAUUACAUAUGGAAUACCAGUGAUGAGUUUUUACGAAUUCUGCACGGAAAUCUGGAGGACCACGCCAUAUUGCUGUGGUGCUGGUUGAAAGCUUUAGACAUUACCUGCUACCUGCUUCUCGGCACGGGUCCCAUCAACGGACCACACACCGUUUACGUCCUUGCCUUUUUGCCGACGCCGAUGCUCUUCAACGCGAUCGAUGGCACAGUAAUCUUCGUUUCCAAAGCCUACCACCUUCAGUUUGACGUCGGAUGCGCAAUCACAAACGAAAACGUGUGGGCGAACGUUCAAGAUCAGUGCAACAUCUGCUGCAUUUCUUUGAAUUUUGAGUCGUCUUCCUUGUGGAGCCCGUUUUGGAGCGCGAAAUUUCCAAAACAGGGAACCUUUUCUGUUCAGCCGGAAAUACUGGACUACGUUUCGACUACUGUCGGCGCGGCAGUGAAGGUGGAGACACGACUGAGGAAAAUAUUGAUCGAUCGGUUCAUGUCGUGGAGACCUCGUAUCCUUACUCGGUUCAACCGUUACGCCGGGCAAAUUUUAAGAAAUGCGCUACUGAAGUGA